UCCUCAUCCAGAACCCUCACUUCUUCCUCUUCUCCGUUUCUCCUGCAAUUAUUCAUCACGCCAUGUCUCGCGCGCAUCUCUACCUCCCAAAGAUUUCAACUUUCUCCAUUCAACUUCUAUAUGCGUAGAAUUCCUCUUAUUUUCAUUAAUUCGUGACAUCGCCUGUAAAUCCGAAGUUCCUUUCUGAAAAGGCCACCAAGGACUUUCUUUGUUCUCUUCGUGCUGUUUGCUGGAGAUGGUCGGAAUUAAGGCGAUCUUCUGGGCGUUUGCCCUUCUAGCUCCUCAACUGCACAAUGUCUAUUCAUCGUCUGCCACCGUUCCGGCUUUUCUGUGGUCGCGUUUCAAUCAUGGACCAUCUCAAGAUAGUGCUAAGGAGACUGUGAAUUACCAAACCAUCUCACCAAAUAACUUAGCUAAAUUUGUUCUGUCUGAAGGUGGCUGGUCAAGUUUCAUGUGUCCUGGGGAGAACCAUCAUCAAAAUUUUGAUGUAGCUCUUGUUUUUGUUGGGAAAGAGUUACAAUCAUCAGACAUCUCUAGAAGCAAACAUGAGGAUCCUACUCUGAUCGGCCUUUUAAAGCAAUCAUUCAAGAGCUCAAACGUUUCUAUGGCGUUUCCAUAUAUAGCCGUAUCAAAUGAAAAGGAUACAAUUGAAAAUUCUUUAAUCUCAGGAUUCAUUGACAGUUGUGGGCAUGAUUUCGGAGUGAAAAAUAUUGCUUAUAUGGAAUCCUGUUCUCUCAAAGGUCAAAACUUUAAAAAACUAGAAGGGCUGCGUUCGCUUCAGGAUUUCAUAAGUGGAAAGAUGGAAUCUGGGGUGACCGAGUUGACUGAUCUGAUUGUUUUCUGUGGAGAAAGCUCUGAAGAAUCAAUCCAUACUGAAUCAGAAGGACAGGUUUUAUCUGAAAUCGUUGAUUUGUUGGAGAAGUCUGGUUCGACAUACACAAUCCUUUAUGCUUCUGAUCCAUAUAGGUCAUAUCCAUACCCGUCACUCUCGACAAUGAGGUUUCUUUCCGAGUCCAAUUCUUCCUCCAAUUCUACGCGUUGUGAUGGGGUCUGCCAACUAAAAUCGUCUCUUUUGGAGGGCUUAUUUGUUGGGAUUGUGCUGCUUAUAAUAUUGAUAUCAGGGCUUUGUUGCAUGACCGGAAUUGAUACCCCAACAAGAUUUGAGGCUGCUCCAGAAUCUUAAGUUUUUGUGCUUCUUAAGGCUGUGUUAUUAUCACCCACAGAUAUAUUAGAAACGAAUGUUGGAUUUCUUUUUUUCCUUUUUUUUCUAAUGUUUUUGAUGUGCAAAUUGCUAUUAUAUUUCUGUUGUAUGUUAUAUGCAGGCAGGCUUCCAGCAACUUAUAUUUUGACAUGUAUUACCCCCACAAUACUGUGUUAUUGACAUAUCCAACCCUUUAAGUUUACAUAUC